GGAUGGAGGUGCCUAAGCCAAAAUGUCUGGAACAUCCCAUAAAUGUUCCCACCAAACUGUUGAUGGGUCCUGGUCCAGUCAAUAUGCCUCUGCGCGUUCAUAAUGCCAUGAUGAAGCCAAUGCUAGGUCAUCUACAUCCAGAAUUUACUCAGGUAAUGGAUGAAGUAAAAGAAGGCCUAAAGUAUAUUUUUCAAACUACUGCUGAGGUUGUGUGUUGUGUGAGUGGGACAGGACAUGCUGGAAUGGAGGCAACCAUGUGUAAUCUUUUGGAACCCAAUGAUGUCAUUCUGAUUGCACAGAAUGGUAUAUGGGGUGAACGUGCUGCUGACAUGGCUCGCAGACAUGAUGCUGAUGUGCGCCUGAUAAAGAAACCUCCAGGUGAUGUCUGUAGUCUGAAUGAGCUUGAGUCAGCAUUAUUAAAACACAGGCCAGCCGUUCUUUUCUUGGUUCAAGGAGAGUCAUCCACAGGAGCAUUACAACCUUUAGAAGGUGUCGGAGCUCUUUGUAGAAAGCAUGGAGUUUUGCUUGCAGUAGACACUGUGGCAUCCCUUGGAGGUGUACCAUUCUUCAUGGAUUCUUGGGAAAUUGAUGUUGUAUAUACAGGUUCUCAAAAAGUCAUUUCUGCACCACCAUCAGUGGCUCCAAUUGCUUUCAAUGACCGUGCCAUGGAGAAAGUUCGCACUCGCAAAACACCCAUACGAAGUUUCUACUUGGACAUAACGUGGCUGGCAAACUACUGGGGGUGUGAUGGAUUGCCUCGCAAAUAUCACCAUACAGGACCUGUUAGCUCUGUAUAUGCAUUGCGAGAAGCUUUGUCCAUGGUGAGUGAGGAAGGCCUCCAUGCCCUCUGGUCCCGCCACUCCUCUUGUGCCCAAAGACUGUACAGUGGUUUAGAAGCUCUUGGCUUGAGGUUGUUUAUCGCUGAUCCUGCCAAACGAACACCAACUGUUACCACUAUUUGCAUCCCAGAGGGUGUUGACUGGAUGAAGGUGACCAAAUACUUUAUGUCCAAGUACCAGGUGGAAGUAAGUGGUGGUUUGGGACCUACUGCGGGCAAAGUGUGGAGAAUUGGCCUCAUGGGUUAUAAUUGCAUCCCAGAAAAUGUGGACAAGGUACUGAAGAUUAUGAAAGAAGCUUUAGCAAAUGAACCAUUAUUAAAAAGCAAUUUGUAAUGUCAGGCUUUUAAUUAGGAUCAUAAGGACUUUGUGGUGUUCCACAAAGGAACUGAUGGUGUAUGUUUCAAAGUGAAUAAUACAUUUGCAGUAAAUCAACAGAUUCCCAUAAAGAUUAUUUUUUUUUUUACAGUAACUUGGACCAAUAUUUGGACAAUAUAAUUUCUUCUGGCUGUCUGACCAGUCUUAAUAUAUGCGAUAAUUAGAUAACUAAAGAUUAUUUUAAACUUGGUUCAUGCAAUGAUACUUUUCCUUGACUACACAUAUGUGUGGUACAGUGUUUAAUUAAGUAUAGAAUGGAAGCUAGAAGGGGCAAGGGUUAUUCCAGAAUGGUUGGAAGGAAAGGGUGAGAAAAAGUGGCUUUUGAGUUUUAGGAACCUGGCCAUCUGGCAGGCUUGUACGAGUAUACUAUAUAGAAGUUUAAUGGACUUGCUGUUGGUUUAAGAGCAAGGUAAUUAUUCUGAAGGUAUUUAGGAAAUGCCAGUUAACCAGACUUAAGGGUCCAGGAAAUGGGAAGAGGAGUACCUGCACUCUGAAGGAGGGCUGAUGAUGUUGCAGUCAAAGGGAAAUCGGAAUUGUGACAUCACACUUUUGGAAAGGGUGAUUGAAUGAAUGAUGGUGCAUACAUUUUCUUAUUUGGGUCACACCACCUUGACAGAAAACAGCACUUGGGAUAAAGAAAAAAAAAGCAUAUUUGUUUUCAGCUUAAUGCAGCACUGUAUGACCCUUAUGGGUUUAGCUCUUAGUUAUGAUUAUAAUAAUUUGAGGUUAAUAAUAGGGGUCUUUCAUGUUUAUUAUUAGGUUAUUAUUAUAGUUUUACAUAUUAAAACUUAUACAAUAGGUAAGUUGUCAAACUGCAUUAUUGUAUAGAAAUGUUAAUUUUCUCAUUUUACUACUUAAAAUAUAUCCAGUUUCAUAUAUUUAGUAAAAUUUAUGUAUAACAUUAAAAAUCUAGUCACAUUACUAUUUACAUAAAAAAUUCUAAUUAUUUUUAAAGCUGCUGAGUGAUCAGAGUUAAAAACAUCAGACUAAUCAAAUACUUUUAAAAUUUUGAUUCCUAAGCUUUCUAUAACUACACUAUUUAUGGAGUUUCUUAAAGAGUGAUACUUUACUAAAAAUGUAUUAAGCACUAACAUGUAAGAAUAGUGAACUAAUUGGGUUUAAAUCCCCAUGGAAGCACACCCACAAAAGUAAUGAAAUGGCAUUACAGUAUUAUUACAAUGAUUUUUUUUUUCAAGUCGGCCGUGUCCCACCGAAGCAGGGUGAUAAUAAUUAAUAAUAAUACGUAAUUAAUAAUACAUAAUCAAUAAUAAUAAUAAUACAUAAUUAAUAAUAUGUAAUUAAUAAUAAUCCGAGGGAAGCACUAAACUUUUAGGGUCGUACAGCACACAGGAAAUCAGAGGCAAUCAGGUUUGAUUUAAGGGAGUAUAGGUCCACUUCCAUGGAUCAAGAGCUCCCUCACUAGUAUCAAGGCAUCUCAAGGGAAUAAAAUGGCAUAAAAAAAAAGCAUAGGUGUUCAAAAUUUGGUACAAAGCAAGAGUGAUGGGUCAUUUAAAGGUGGUUUGAUGUUAACAACUUUUGCCCUUAAAGGGCGGUAUCUCAAUAUCAGUGAUGACCCCUUGAUGCAAAGAACUGGACCUCUCUUAAAUUUCCUUGAAUCAAACCUAAUUCUCUCCUAUUUCCCCAGGUGCUGUAUGAUCCCUAAGUAAAAUAAUAGUAUAAUUUAGAGUUUAUACUAUUUAUAAAUAUAUGGUUUAAACGUAAUGUCUGUGUCAAAAAUUAUUAGUAAAAUAUUUAUAUGACAAUGAAGCUGGGAAAUUUAAGAGAGGCUUAGUCUGUUAACAUUAACACUUUGCCAAAGCUCAAUAAAUAUUACAUAUCAAGAGGAAAUAAUUUCAUACCAGGAAUGAUUAAGUUACUGUAUUAUGAAUUUUAUUAUAUACUGCACUAUAUUAUGUAAACUGUAACUAAGUAAUGGUGAAUUAAUUAAUUACCACAUUGUGUAGUGUGCAAUUUAAUUACCUUGAGAACUACAAAUUUCUAAGAACUUUUGUGAUCUCUCAAUUGCAUUCUCAAGGACUAUACUUUGAAAGCAUGACUGAGGGAACAUGAAAGUGCUUGGAAUUUAAUGCCUUUUCAACAUGAUUAAAUUGCAUAUUAAAAUAUCACUUGUUUCUUGUGAUUUGAUUAUAUCAUGUACAGUAAAAAUUAUGAAGUGCAAUUACAAUACAAGUUGAUAUAACCUAUCAACAGUAUUUUGGACUGUAUGUACACUGCAGAUAAGCAGGAGUGGGAUGGGAGAUUUUAUAGUCUUGAUUCACCCCAGUACACAUGAAAGAAAAUACAUAGUACACUAUCAGCUGCAACUCAUUUCAGUUACACACAAUCAUGUGAAUAAAAUCUAUAUUGUACUGUUGUAUUUUUACACAAACAUUCACAAGCAAAUUAAUAAAAAUGUUUACCCUGCUUAA